AUGGAAGCGACACUUCAAUUAAGUGAUAUUGUUCAACAACUUGGAAAGAAAUAUGCAUUUAGUAAUUAUAAAGCAAAUUUUACAGGUAUCGUUAGUGGAAAAAGAUCAGAAGCAGCAGCAGAUGCAGCCGCUAUCCUCAUUUGUCAUGAGCAAAUAAAUCCACCACAACAGCCCAUUGAAUUUAAACCUGAUCAUCCAUUUCUAUUCCUCAUUCGUGAAAGUCGACAAAAUAUUGUCUUAUUUAGUGGCAGAUUUAUUUUACCAUCGACAAACUCAUAA